UGAGUUGGGUAGCGCUAUUAAAAAAUUAUGUCUAAAUUAUUAUUGAUUUGGUUUACUGGCAAUUAAAAUUAACAUUUACCAUGAAUACAAAGAAAAUUGAAGAAGGACAAGAAUUAGUCCGGCAGGCAGAAAAAAGCUUGAAAGUUGGAUUAUUAAAGUGGAGACCAGAUUAUGACGUAGCUGCAGACGAAUACACAAAAGCAGCUACUGCUUUUCGUAUUGCCAAAUCAUAUGAACAGAGCAAAGAGUGUUUAAUAAAAGCAAUAGAAUGUCACAAAAAUAAUCGGUCAUGGUUUCACGCUGCAAAAUGCUACGAGCAGAUCAUACUAAUACUAAAAGAAAAUAAUAAGUUACUAGAAAUAGAGGAAAAUGUGAAUAAAGCAUGCAACCUUUAUCAGCAACAUGGUUCCCCAGAAGCUGCUGCAACGGCAUUGGAUAAAGCAGCUAAAAUUGUUGAGCAAAACCAUCCGGAAUUAGCAUUAACUUUCUACAAACAUGCUUUGGAAGUUGUUAUGUUAGACGAUUCAACCCGUCAUGCUGCCGAGUAUGCAUGCAAAAUCUCCAGAAUUUUGGUAAAAUUGCAUAGAUAUGAGGAGGCUGCCGAUGCAAUUAGACGGGAAAUAGGUUUAAAUCAGCAAACGGAAUCGUACGGUCAAAUCGGACGAUUGGCCGUAGCGUUAGUUUUGGUUCAACUCGCAAGAGGAGAUUUUGUUGCCGCUGAAAAAGCUUUCAAGGAAUGGGGUAAUUGUUGUGAUUCUGAAGAAGUUCAAACAUUGGAACUACUUUUACAAGCUUUUGAUGAUGAAGACCCCGAUUCUGCUAAGCGCGCCUUAUCUGCGCCUUUCAUACGUCAUAUGGACGUUGAAUACAGUAUUCUUGCUCGUGAUAUUCCUCUUCCACAUGGGUUAUCAACUGCACCAAAAGCCAACGUGAUUAAAGAUGCUGCUCUUUCCUAUUCAUCUCCAAAGACAGAGACUGAGGAGGGCUCAACCGAUCCAGUUGUACCUAACGAGGAUGAAGAAGAAGAUGAAGGAUUGUGUUAAAUAUAAUUAUUGACUAGUGUUAUUGUAAUAGCUACUAUUUGUUUUGGUAUUUAAUAAGGUUAAUAAAAGUUUACUCCCUUAAAGAAUA